AUGGCAACCAUGGAAGCAAAAGACAUUGAAGAGCGCGGUAAACAGCUGGCCAAGGCAGCAUCAGGCGGCGACCCUCCGGCAACCCUGCUAGCCCUUCUGGACGGCCUCAAGGGAUGGACGGCGACGGAGAAGCUGCUGCGCCAGACAAAGAUCGGUGUGCACGUCAACAAACUGCGCCAGAACAGCGAUGCCCAAGUGGCCCGCACCGCCGCCACUCUGGUCAACAAGUGGAAGACGGAUGUCAAGAGAUCUCCUGCGACAGCCGCCUCGAGCGGCACAAAUUCACCUGCCCCUUCAAAGUCCUCGCCCGCUCCUGCUGCCAACAAGCCCAAGUCCGAACCUCAUGGCGAUCCCGAGAAGCGCAACAGUGUGUCGGACAAGGUCGAUUGUGGAGUUACUGGAAACCAAACUCGCGAUGCCUGCAUCAAGCUGAUGUACGAUGGCUUGGCCUUCAUGUCGUCUGAUGGUAUCCACUGCCGCCCAUCGAUUGACAUCCUAACUGUUGCUCGUUCCGUCGAGCUUGCUGCUUACAACGCAUACCAACCCGAGGGCAGCCCCGAAUACCGCCAGCGCAUACGAUCACUCUAUCAAAAUCUCAAAAACAAGGGCAACCCAAAGCUCCGUAGUCAGGUGCUGUCCGGUUUCAUCAAGCCCGAUCGCUUUGUGCGCAUGACCCAUCAGGAAUUGAAGAGCGACGAACAGCGCGCCGAGGACGAGAGACUGCAAAAGGAAAACAUGGACAAGGCCAUGGUCGCCCAGGCAGAGAGGAGUAUCAGUGCCAGUCUGACCUGCGGCAAGUGUGGUCAGAAGAAGGUCAGUUACAGCCAAGCCCAGACCAGAUCUGCCGAUGAACCUAUGACGACCUUCUGCGAGUGUACCGUCUGCGGCAACAGAUGGAAGUUCUCUUGA